AUGUCUCUAGCGGCAAAACACAUCGCCGAGCUUUUUCUACGAAUUCGAAGCACGACCAGCCCGCCGCAAUGUUCUUCUACACUUACUCCAGUCUCGACCACUUCGACAGUGGACACCUGGGCGGAGAACUCUGUGAUCAGCUCUCCCGCACCCUUUUCUUCAUCCUAUGUUGGCAGAUCCUUCGGCCAUGUCAGAUCCACUUCCACCCCUGCCGUGGAUGUUGCUUCUCUGCGACGGUAUGGCAAUCCGAAUUACCGCACUCGUCCCGUCUACCUCACCCAACCAUCUCAGUGUCCUAACGCUGUGCUGCCAAUUUUGCCAGAUUUUGCUUCUUCUGAGUUGUAUGUCCCUGUACCGACCGAGUAUCGUGAUCUCACUCCCGAGCUCUGCCUCGAUGGGCCGACAACGACCGUUAUGGAGUACUUGACAGGACCAAACCCAGCAGUCGAUCUGGUUGAUAAGGUCUCCACAAGCAUUGGCCACCAUAUGCAUUGCUGGUGGGACAUCCGAAAUCUGGUAGAUUGGGAAGACUUCAGCCUCGACACCAUCGUGGCUAUUCCUGAUUUCUCUUACAGCGAAGAAAGCUCCGGCCUUCUCAACGUUCCCAUUCCAGCUGCGGCUCUCCCGAAACCACAUGGCAGUCAGUCAAUAGUCCAACCCUCCAACGAACGCGGCCUUCAAGACGUCAUUACCACAUUCUACGCCGCCAAAAUCAACGCUGCCCUCAAGACCUGCCAAGGCCACCAACAUUACAUCACCAUGGUCCCGCAGCGCAACAGAGAAGAUGGCCCAUUCUAUGUUUCUGCCUACGCCAACGAUGAGACCCACGCGCUCGGCCGUGGCCGUGUCGUCGGCCUCGUCAAGACGUACGAGGCCUGGAACAGCAGCAUGAGCAAAGAAAAGAACAGCAAGCAAACGCUCUACCUCGCCGGCCUCUCCCAUCUGCACCGCCUGCUGCGCGAAAGCAACACCCGCUACGGCUUCAUCAUGACGGAAAUCGAACUCGUCUGCGUGCGCAUGGGCACCGAAGAAGGCAAGCCCUACUUCGGCUACCUCGAACUCGCGCCGCCCAUCCGCCUGAGCGAGCAGACGGGCCUGACGGCCUGCCUGGCGCUGUGGUACCUCCACAUGCUGGCCGGGGACGCCCCGUUGGAGGGCCAGCGCGGCUACCGGAUCGACGUCGGCCCGCCGGGUCCGCCGCCCGGCAGCAGCGGUCUGCUGUCGAGGCAGCACGUGCGGAAGCCGGGGCCCGAGGGACGGGACGGGUGGAUGCAGCGCGUCCAGGAGGGCGAGAAGAGGUCGGCGAGGCGGACCCGGGGCUGGGUCUUCCCCGAGGAACCCUUCUCGAUCAAGGAGAGACAGGCGAUGAAGGCCGGGAGGUAA